UUUAUCGUGUUGAUCAGCGAUAGUAACUUUAUUCGUGUAACCGCAUCCAUAUGGUUCCAGUCUGGAUGUGGAAACUGAAAUCUGUGCAGACAGGAGGAGAAAUAACAGCUGGAAACGAGUCGCUUCUCCCGACGAACCCUUCUUCUUCUUCGGUUGUUUUCUUUGUAUUAUUUGAAGCCCUGCCUGCAGCAGGUUUAGCAGCUAAUUAGGCUACAAUGAGCUCCUGAAGCGGGGUCGAGCAUGGCCGCAGACGUGGAUAAAAGCAGCCCGGAGAGAGCGCGCAGCACCGGGCACAGUGGGCAGAGGAGUCCGGGAUAUGGAGCCUGGUUCCGGGGAGGGAUGUGGACCCUGCUGGCGGUCUGCACGGUUCCUCUGGCUGGUUUUGGGAUAAAAUACUACCAGAGCUCCCAGCUACUCAGGCGUCAUGAAGAGGCGGUUCAGACUCUGGGUGUCGAAGGCCUGUUCCUCUUCUCCUCCCUGGACACAGACCAUGACCUCUAUCUGAGUCCUGAGGAGUUCAGACCCAUCGCAGAGAAGCUUACAGGGAUCACAGCGCCGGUGGAUUUGGAAGAAGAUGUGAUCGACGACCCAAACGGAGAGACUCUGGUUCUGGAGGCCAGCAUGAAGCCUCUGCUGCUGGACUCCAUGACAAAAAGCCGCGACGGCUUUCUCGGGGUUUCUCACAGCUCACUGAGUGGCCUCCGCUCCUGGACGCACCCCGCCAUUCCCUCCUCCUCGUUCCCUGCCGGGCACUUCCGGGUGUUUCUGCCCCCAAAGGGCAAAACAGAGCCGGGAGACGCAUGGUGGGUGAUUUCCAGCGAACUCAACAUCUUCACUGGCUACCUGCCCAACAAUCGGUACCACCCUCCCACUCCAAAGGGCAAAGAGGUUCUGAUCCACUCCCUGCUGAGCAUGUUCCACCCGCGGGCUUUCAUCAAGUCGAGGUUUGCACCGCAGGGAACCGUCGCCUGCAUCCGAGCCAGUAGCGACUUUUACUAUGACAUCGUCUUCAGGAUUCACGCAGAGUUUCAGCUCAAUGAUGUUCCAAACUUUCCCUUCUGGUUCACUCCGGGUCAGUUCACCGGAAACAUUGUCAUCUCUAAAGACGCCUCCCACGUCCGUCACUUCCACCUUUAUGUCCCCAGUAACAGGUCUCUGAACGUGGACAUGGAGUGGCUGUAUGGCGCCAGCGAGAGCAGCAACAUGGAGGUGGACAUCGGUUACCUGCCACAGUUGGAACUGCGGUCUAUAGGCCCCUCCACUCCCUCUGUCAUUGUGGACGAGGAUGGAAACGUCAUCGACAGCCGGGACGGACGCAGCGAACCGAUCCAGUUCGUCUUUGAGGAAAUUCCCUGGACCUCGGCGAUCAGUCAGGAGGAAGCUUCCCACCACCUGGAGGUCACUUUCUACCCAUUUAAGAAGGUCCCAUACUUGCCUUUUGCAGAGGCUUUUGAGCGAGCCGAAUCGGAGAAGAAGCUGGUCCAUUCGAUUCUGCUCUGGGGAGCUUUAGAUGAUCAGUCCUGCUGAGGUUCGGGGCGAACUCUCCGGGAGACGGUCCUGGAAAGUUCGCCCGUCCUCGCUCUGCUCAACCAGAGCUUCAUCAGCAGCUGGUCUCUGGUCAAAGAGCUGGAGAACAUGCAGGCUGACAAGCAGAACCCUGCGCUGAGCGAAAAGGCCCAGUUACAUCUGGAGAAGUACAGCUUCCCAGUGGAGAUGUUGGUGGCGCUGCCCAAUGGAACCAUUGUCCACCACAUCAACGCCAACUACUUCCUCGACCAAACAGCAAUGAAACCAGAGGACGAAGGGGCAACUUUCAGCUUUUCUGGGGGGUUCGAGGACCCCUCCACAUCCACGUACAUCAACUUCCUGAAGGAGGGCCUGGAGAAAGCAAAGGACUACAUAACCCAGUAAUAAUGGUGUAUUUCACAGCAACUGACACCGGCGAGCAUUUAGAGAAGAUUUCUCAUCUGUCUGCAGCAGAAAAAGUUUUUUUUUCCUCAUUUUUUCCGCUUAGUUUUUAUUUACUUAAACACUUUUUGUAGUAAAAUUAGGGCUGCAAAUUCAGUAAUCUGUAAUUUAUUCUGACAUAGGACUGGACAAUAAUCAAUAACAACACAUUUCUUGGUAGAUCAAUAUAAACAGAUCAUUAGUCAAAUUAAAAUAAUAAUUGGAAAACAACCAUUUUAUUGUCUAAAAUGAAGUGAAUGUAAAUUUAUAUAUACUAUUUAGUUUUUGCUUAAUUACUGAUGUGCACAUGUUCUUUUGUAAUUCUGUAUACACCAGUUAAUGAUUAAUUACUUAAUUAGUUCACGAUUAUUUCAGAAAUUAAUUGCAUUUAAUUCGAUUAAUCAAAUUAAUCAAUUCGAUCAAUUAAUCACAGUGUAAUCUAGUUGGCAAUUAAUCAUAUACUAAAUUAGUUGAUUAUUUCAUAGAUUGAUUAAUCACGAUUAAUCGUUCAGCCCUGGUUAAAGUAACCUUUGUGCAGACAGUGGGUCUUCCUCGUGGCUUUGCCGUGUUGAAGCGUCUGAGCUGCUCCAGCCGUGUUUCGUGCAUUUUGUGACGUCGUCGCCUGAAAGCUCUCCGAGCCGGGGGACGCCUGAUGUUGUUGCCGAUGCGGCUGGAGGAGCAAAACACUCAAACUCUGGUACAUAAAAUAUAGAUUUUGUUCUUUCAUUUAUUGUAUAAAAAUGUGUGGUGUGCAGAUAUUAAUGUGAUCAGACCAAAGAGCGUUGUUUCACGUUUAUUCCACUUGCUUCAUACAGGAGACAAAACUGAUGUGUUAACUGUAAAGAUGUUUUGGGUAUAGAGCCUGCUUUACUGUAUUAGACAAGAAACGUUUUUGUUUUCAUCUCAUGCCUCAGUUAUGUGAUUAAUUUACAUUUGAGUAUAAAACAAGUUGGUUACUACAAACCUUCCAAAACUUUAACCAAGUCAUUUCAGUUUCCUGUGCAACGCCUUUUGGAGAAACAAGUUAUUCCCUGAACUAUUAGUGCCAUUUUUUCAUAAUAAAUACACAUUUUCUA